CUACAAUACUCGUGAGUCGUGUGGAGCCCUCUAUGGAGUGACUCAUGAAACGCAUAAAUCAUAUGUUUUAACAGUUUUUGUGUUAUGUUUUUGAAUGACUUUUUGACACAUUUGAUGACUAAUUAAGUGAUAUUUGCAUCCAUUUGAUCACUCCAGAGGAAUACCAUGUCUUCACUCUUGGAUCACAUCAAACAAUUACAUUCGGAUCAGUUGUUCACGAAUUUGGUUCAGUUUAUGAACCUCUUGUCGCCUCAGAUGGAGUCGAGUGAACUGUUUUCGCCAUCAAAUGAAUACAAAGUACUCGUCUUUUACGGCGACGCUCUCUAUCAGACCAAAGACUACCGAAGAGCUGAGCGCGUAUAUCACAGGGCGUUAUCACUGAAGAAGAAUACGCCGAAGAGUAAGCGCAAGAGUCAGAGCAACGGUUCCACUGAUUUGAUCGCCGAGAUUGACGUGAAAUAUCAGAUCCAUUUGUGUUUUCUGAAACAACAGCAGCUCUCAAACGCUGCCAUCGUUUUGGAGAGCAUUCCUCUGAAACACCGAAACUCGCGAAUCAAUAUGUCUUUGGGAGAGAUCUAUCGCAUGGACCGCAACCCAAGUGCUGUCAACUGUUUCAAAGAAGUGCUCAAAGAGUCGCCGUUUGCGUUGACAGCGAUUCACCACUUAAUCAAAUUAGACGUCAAAGUCAAUGAUAUCCUGAGUAUUGUGAACACAGCCAUAGCCAGCACACCUGCCAUGUCAUGGCUGAGCACUUGGAUUCGGGCGCACUCUUACAUGAACUCGAUUCAAGUGGGGAACGCCAUCACACUGUUGCGCCAGUUGUACGACAACCCACUCCUCAAAGGCAACACUGAGAUUAUGGUGUCGUUAGGGGAGGCCUACUAUUACAGCGGCGACUAUAAGAAAGCCAUUCACUUCUUCAAGCGGGCCUUCACUGCGGACCCAAUGCUCGUCAGAGGACUCGACUUCUAUGCGUCCGUUUUGGCCAAAGAGAGUCAACUCAAGGAAUUGGAGACUCUUUCCAAUCAAUUGGUCCAAAGAUGCAAUUCAUUGGAAUCGGUGGCCGAGCCAUGGGUUGUGCUCUCAUAUUACUGCUAUCUCUCCAACAAAAAGGAAUCCAAAUCUUAUUUUUUCGCUCAAAAAGCAUGCACUCUAAGCAAUAACUCUGUCGAAGCACUUCUACUGAAAGGCAUGAUUUUAUCGGAAAGUAAGCGCUCAGAAGCCAAGACUUGUUUCCUAGAGGCACAUACCAGUGCUCCGCAUAGAUUUGAACCAAUCAAGUGCUUAACGGAGAUAUAUUUGGCCGAUAAUCAGAAGCAAUCGGCCGCUAAUAUGGCAAACGUUGCGCUCAAGACAUUAGGACAUUCCCCCCGAACACUCACUUUAGUCGCCUCUGUAUUCCUCACCGAUUCUGUAAAUAACGAGAAGUCUAAGGCUAAACAAGCGUUGGAAAGGGCUGUCAAACAGGACUCGACGUAUUUGAAUGCCGUUUAUUUGCUCUCAAAUCUGUAUUUAGAGGAAAAGAAUUUCGAUAAAGCCAUUGAAAUACUAAACAAAGCGAUCGAAAGCAGUGAAAGUAACGUUAAAUUACAUAAAAUGUUGAGUGAAUGCUAUUUAGGAAAGAAUGAACACGAAAAGGCAUCACACCAUCGAUCCAUUGUUUCAAAAUUAGAACUGAGUUACAGAAAUUCAAACGAGAGUUCCCAACGACUUGAACACCAGUCGCACACCGGCGGCGAUACUGUGAGCUCUACGCUGGACCUGGAGGUGGACGACAUUCCCCCGUCUGAUGACGACGUGGACGAGAGUGAGACCGACGUGAUUACGCUGGACCUGGAGGUGGACGACAUUCCCCCGUCUGAUGACGACGUGGACGAGAGUGAGACCGACGUGGUUUGGUCUGACGAUAACUAUAGUGUUACGUAA